AUGUCUCUGAAGCUACAAACCCCCUCCGAAUUCCCUGCAUUCCCAUUCAAGCCAUAUGAUAUCCAACUUGACCUGAUGCGCCAUCUUUAUGCAUCGGUAGAGGACCGGAAGAUAACCAUCGUGGAAAGUCCUACAGGCACUGGAAAGACUCUCAGCUUGCUAUGUUCAUCCUUAACGUGGCUCAAGGACGAGCAGGAACGCGCACGUAAGGGCAAGCUCAGUGAGCUUGGCGAAAGCCACGAGGGACCGGACUGGGUGCUCGCGCAAACACUCGAUCUAUGCAGAACGCCUGGGGAGGGCACGCAAAAAGGAGGCAGAGAUGCGGAAGCUUGCACGUGCACGGGUGCGAAAGAAACAGGCGAGUCCACCCUAAGACGUAAUGUCCGCGCUGCCUCGCUCCCGACGAGGGUGCCCAGGAUGACGACGACAGCAUCUUUCUGCCGGAAGAUGAUGGGGCAAACGCCGACUCUGACGAUGAAACGAGCAAUAUAUCCCCCGCCGAAGGUUGAUCGUGUUGUUACUGAAGAGGCUCCCAGAUUACGGCAAGGCACAAAACCAUCAACACCCGGAUCUGACGCAGAGGAAGAGCCUGGGUGCACAAAAAUAUAUUAUGCCUCCCGCACUCAUACACAACUAGCGCAGGUUCUACAUGAACUGCGUAAGCUUAAACUGAUGUUGAGUGUUACCUUGGCUUCUGCACCAGAGGAAGCGGCUGCAGUAUCAGGGAAACGCCGGCUCCCUGAGGUCGAGAACGAUGACGACGAUCUAGGAAGCAGCUAUGCAUCAAUGAUGAUGUCCCGCUCACGAACACCAGAAAAAGGGAAGAAGCGAUGUCAUUAUCUUCCUCCGCCGGAGGACGAAUCGAAAAUGCUGGAUCUGCGCGACCAGAUACUUGCAUCCCCAAAGGACAUCGAGGACCUGGUAGCGACAGGUCAAGAUUCAGAGACAUGUCCAUAUUUUGGUUCGCGGCGAGCUAUCCGACAAGCGCAACUAGUUUUACUUCCAUACAAUCUACUCUUGCAGAAGACAGCGAGAGAGGCACUUGGAAUUGAUCUCACUGACCAAGUACAGACCGACAAGCAGCAUACGCAGGGGCCGAAAAGCGGCAAUGAGAAGGCUCGCGGCGCAGGCGUGGAGGUCAUGACACCCGGAGAACUUCUCCAUAGACUUGGUCGGAAGACGGAGGGCGUGAACUUGCUCGAGGUCGAGACUUACUUGCGCGGUAGCAAGAUAGCACGCAAAGUAUCGGGGUAUUCCGUAAAGACUUUGGAGAGAGCGGCCGGUCACGACCCUGUCAAACUGGCGAAAGUCUCUCGACUCUCGAAUACAACACCGCCAUUGCAUCUUGUGGAGAGCUUCAUAACCGCACUUACAGCCUCCAAUGACGACGGUCGUGUUACAUUGUCCCUGGUCGAUGGACAAGUAGAAAUCAAGUAUCAGCAUUUGAAUCCGUCCACCCAUUUUCGAGAGUUAAUCGAUAUUGCCCGAUCGAUUGUCCUGGCUGGUGGUACGAUGUCCCCGGUAUCAGACGUGAUACACCAGUUAUUUAUGGGACUCGAACCUUCCCGUAUCAGGACAUUCUCUUGCGGACAUAUCAUCCCAACGUCUAACUUACAGACACUGGUUUUGAAGAAAGGACCAAGGGGCGGGGAUCUACUGUUCAAGUACGAACAACGGGGCAAUCAAGCUAUUAUAGCAGAACUCGGCCAAAUCCUUCUCAACUUCGUUAACGUGGUUCCAGGAGGCAUGGUCGUGUUCCUUCCGUCUUACAGCUUCCUUCACACAAUGAUGUCUGCAUGGGGAGGGAGUGGCUUGAUGGAGAAGCUCAAGUCCAGGAAGCGGGUCUUCUCUGAACCGCAGGAUGCUGGCCAAAUCGAGGCUGUGCUACGGGAAUACAGCGAAGCGAUUCACCGGACAGGAGCACUUCUGUUUGCUGUCGUUGGCGCCAAACUGUCUGAAGGAUUGAACUUCACCGACGAUCUCGCUCGCGCUGUUUUGAUCAUAGGACUCCCCUUCGCCAAUCUCGCAUCCCCGGAGCUUCGAGAACGCAUGAGCUACGUCAACAGGUUGGAACAGCAGCUCCGUGCGAAAGGUGAUGCUGUGACCAAGGGGGCGAGCGCCACAAAGGACGCAGCGACAGAGUUGUAUGAAAACAUGUGCAUGAAUGCUGUGAAUCAAAGCAUCGGGCGAGCCAUUCGGCAUCGAGGUGACUGGGCAUCGCUGAUACUGAUCGAUGGCCGCUACGCUUCAUCGCGAAUUCGCAACAAACUGCCAAAGUGGAUCGGCGGAAACACCACAGUCACCGAGACUUUCGGGCAAGCAAUGCGAGAGAUGGGCAAAUUUUUCCGAGAGAAAAAGGUUGCAGCAUCGUAG